GGGUUCUCUGGAACCUGUCCUCGUGCGAUGCAGUGAAGAUGACAAUCAUUAGAGACGCUCUGUCAACACUGACAAACACUGUGAUCGUGCCACAUUCUGGAUGGAACAGCUCUUCCUUCGAUGAGGAUCAUAAAAUCAAAUUUCAGACUUCCCUGGUUCUGCGCAACACGACUGGAUGCCUGAGGAACCUGAGCUCGGCGGGCGAGGAGGCCCGCAAGCAGAUGAGGGCGUGCGAGGGGCUGGUCGACUCGCUGCUCUACGUGAUCCACACCUGCGUGAACACGUCGGACUACGACAGCAAGACGGUGGAAAAUUGCGUGUGUACCUUGAGAAACCUUUCCUACCGUUUGGAACUGGAGGUACCUCAGGCACGUCUGCUGGGAAUCAAUGAGCUGGAUGACUUGUUAGGGAAGGAAUCGCCUAGCAAAGACUCGGAGCCGAGCUGCUGGGGGAAAAAAAAGAAGAAGAAAAAAAAAACUUCUCAGGAGGAUCAGUGGGAUGGAGUUGGCCCCAUACCAGGAUUUUCCAAGUCCCCUAAAGGGGUGGAGAUGCUGUGGCACCCCUCCGUGGUCAAGCCGUACCUAACGCUUCUAGCGGAGAGCUCCAACCCAGCCACUCUGGAGGGCUCUGCAGGAUCCCUCCAGAACCUUUCUGCGGGCAACUGGAAGUUUGCAGCGUACAUUCGAGCUGCUGUGAGGAAGGAGAAAGGGCUGCCCAUCCUGGUGGAGCUGCUGAGGAUGGACAACGACAGGGUCGUCUCGUCCGUGGCAACGGCCUUGAGGAACAUGGCGCUAGACGUGCGGAACAAGGAGCUCAUUGGUAAAUACGCCAUGCGAGACCUGGUCAACCGGCUGCCCGGGGGCAGCGGCCCCGGCGUGCUGUCCGACGAGACGGUGGCGGCCAUCUGCUGCGCCCUGCACGAGGUCACCAGCAGGAACAUGGAGAACGCCAAGGCCCUCGCCGACACCGGCGGCAUCGAGAAGCUGGUGAACAUAACCAAGGGGAGAGGUGACAGAUCAUCACUGAAAGUGGUCAAGGCAGCUGCCCAGGUACUGAACACAUUAUGGCAGUACCGAGACCUCCGUAGCAUUUAUAAAAAGGAUGGAUGGAAUCAAAGUCAUUUUAUUACACCAGUAUCAACACUGGAACGAGAGAGAUUCAAAUCACAUCCUUCUUUAUCAACAACAAAUCAGCAGAUGUCACCUGUCAUACAGUCAG